AUGUCUGUCAUUGACGUGCCCGCUGUCGAAACAUACAAACCCCUGAUCGAAGCUCAUAUUCAACGGCUCAGUGAAGCUCGUGAAGACAGCGAUGUCGAUGCUCCUAUCCUGGAACCCGACUGUGAAGAGUUGCUCGAGCAAAUCCGAGAAAUUCGUAACCAGGGCGAUUCAAAAGAGGGCGCUCAAAUACACAAUGCCGCCGUCGAAACAGUAUUUCGCGAGAUCUUUGUUGAUGUCGUUGCAAGUGUCGAUAUUUCUGAACCGGCAUUCGCGCAAGUAUGGGUUUUGCUCGACAUCAUAACGGUGCUUUCCGACAACGACUUGUGCGAACCCGGUCUGAGUUUCUGGCUCAUUGAAGAGUUAUUGGAUAGUCAGACGAUUGAUGGGUGCAGAAAAGUGUUUGACUAUCUCGAGUCUCGAAGAGAGAGGAUAACAGCGAAACACUUCAAGCUCAAGAAUUUGGUGAUUCUAAGAUGUUGCAAUGAACUUCUCCGGAGGCUGUCGCGCGCAGAGGAUACCGUGCUUUGCGGAAGAGUUUUUAUCUUCCUGUUCCAGAGUUUCCCCCUGGGUGAUAAGAGCUCGGUCAAUCUGCGAGGAGAGUUUCACGUUGAAAAUGUCACGACCUUCGACCCUGCACCGAAGAAAUCGGCCGAUGCAAUCAAACCGAUGGAACUUGACACCGACACUCCACAAGCAACGUCGGGGGCUCAGACUCCAGCGUCGAACAGUCAAUCCCACGAGCAGGAAUCAAUGCAAAAGACGGCAAGAAAUACACCCGUCCCCAAAGCCGUGAAAUCUGAUACGAAAGACCAUGUGCCGCCCGAUCUGGACACGCUCUAUCCAAAAUUCUGGUCUCUCCAGUCCUUAUUCUCCUCGCCGACCAAACUCUUCGAACCGUCCAACAUGGCCAUGUUCAAAGAUGGCAUUGCAAUGACCCUGUCCUGCUUCAAAUCAGUCUCCAACAGCUCAGCGCCUAGCACAAACCCUUCCGAUAUACAGCGCGGCCUCAAACGCAAGCGAACCAAUACUGACACUUCAUCCUCAACCUCGACAUUUAAUCCGAAAUACUUAACGAACCGCGACCUCUUCGAUCUCGAAGUACAUGACAUUGCCUUCCGGCGUCACAUUCUCGUCCAGGCACUAAUUAUGAUCGACUUCCUUCUCAGCCUCGCCCCAGCGGCCAAAGCGAAAUUCGAAGGCCUCACAAAUAAAUCGGUCCUGUACUCGUACACCCUGUCGGAAGAGGACACCAAGUGGGCCCAGUCCACCCGAGCGUCAAUCGCGAGCUAUCUACAACAGGGCAACGGGAACGAAGGCAAAUUCUAUUACCGAAUGGUCGACACAGUGCUAUCCCGGGAUAAGAACUGGGUGCGGUGGAAAGCGGAGAACUGCCCAUCGAUAUCACACGACGGCGUCUCGGUACAGACAUAUCUCGAAGCCAAAGAGACACUCACAAAAUUGACGGAGGCACAAAAGGAGCCUCUUCCCAAUCCACCAGGCGCAGGGGAUCUGGCGUUCCUCUCGAAGAUCGAACCGCUAGAAACGCUAAAGCGGCCGUCGAAGCGGCACAAAGUGCCUACGAUGGAAGAGUAUUAUCGAGGUAUCGAGACAGAUAAUUUAGACAUGGACUUUGCAACGGAGGAGGAGAAGAAAGAAAUUGAGGAGCGCAAGGCCGGACGGGUGUGGAGAGCGCUGCGAGCGAGUGGAAGACGGUUCGUGCUUUGUGAGAAGGUCCAAUACGGUGGGGAUUUGAGGGCUUUGAUCGAGGGGGAUGUAGAGGCCGAAGCGGACGGGACAGCAGAGAAGGCAAGAGAGAACGACAACAAGAAUGCGAACGAGAAUGGAGAGGGGACAAAGGUCGAGGUCGAGGGUGAGGGUGAAGGAGAGAAAGAAAGGGAUAAUGAUGGGGAGGGAGAGGCCGAGGGUCAACAACCCGAACCUGACAUUGGAAAAGUCCCGUCGACUGCUGAAGAACCACCCUCCACCGAGGCAGAAGAAGCUGCUCCUGAAGAAGACAGGAAUUUGCAAGGCGAGGACGCGGAGAUGACUGAUGUUGCUCCUGUGGAUGCUACGGCCACGGCUGAGGAAGGAAACAAUGCAAUAGACGACGACACGGACAGAGACUCGGGCGAGACAGAGUGA